AUGAUUCGCCUAAUUUCCAUCACAGUGGCCCGUCGUGAGCAAUCAAGCAUUGGCAUCGCGCUCGAACGCCAGCUUGUGCCACUCGACUGCACUGACGGGACGGAGGAGUUCGGCUUGCACCCGUACAGCACUCAGUGGCUUUCCUCCACGAAGAUGAUGAUCCGCAAUGUCCCAGCACGCUGCACCGAGCCGGAAUUCCGCAGCUUCCUCGAGUCCCUCACGGCGGGCAAGUACGUGCUGGAGAUGCCGAAAACAAGCCAAACGAAGUGCAAGGGGUACGCGUUCGUGGAGAUGUGUGACCCGCUCUCGCUUGCUGCUCUGGCGGAAGCACUGUGGCAGCAGCGCCUCCCCACCCGAGCGAGCGAGCGCGCGUUGAAGAUCCACCCAGCCCAGUUUUGUCCCGAGAACGCUCAUGGGACAUGUGAGACUCUUCCCGCCUUCGAACGAUUCUUCGAGGCGCAGGAAGUGGAGAGCAGAAACGGUGCAGGGCAUACAGCGCAGCUGGCGUCCAUGGCUCUAGCCGCAGGCAGCCUCGUCACCCGGCAGCCUUGGGGCCGUGACUUUGUGGCCCUUCCAUCGACCAAGUUCUGGUGUGCGGCUAUGGCGGCAGUUGCUCCACCUCCAGGACUGGAGAGCAAAUGGCUCUCACCACAGCUGGGACGCCAUGCCUUGGAGGCCUCGCGCUCGACCGCCAGCUUGUGGACGGAGGAGUUCGGCUUGCACCCGAAUAGCACUCAAUGGCUUUCCUGCACGAAGAUGAUGAUCCGCAAUGUGCCAGCACGCUGCACCGAGACGGAACUCCGCAGUUUCCUCGAAUCCCUCACGUCGACCGAGUACGUGCUGGAGAUGCCAAAAACAAGCCAAACGAAGUGCAAGGGGUACGCGUUCGUGGAGAUGUGUGACCCGCUCUCGCUUGCUGCUCUGGCGGAAGCACUGUGGCAGCAGCGCCUCCCCACCCGAGCGAGCGAGCGCGCGUUGAAGAUCCACCCAGCCAAGUUCGUCGCAGAGAUGCUUCUUCCGGCCUCGAAGCUCUAUUUCGACCUCUAG